GUGCAUGGAUGGGGACUUUAUGGAUCAAAACGUGGAAGCCAUCGCUGCUGAAGUGGAAGAGUAUGCCAGAGAUUUCUUCAAGAUUCAGAAGAUAUUUGCUCAACGAGUCAAGAAAAUGCAGAUGGAUUAUGAUGAGGCUGAGAGAGAAAUCAAGAAAAUCCAGCGUCAAGACCAGGCUGCUGGCAAAGAGAUCUCAGUGCCAGACCUGGAGCCCUUUAAGAUGCCAGAGAUCCUGGGCACUAUAGACUACAUGAGCAAAGGAGUGGCAGACUUCAAGGAAGUGAUUCCAGUUAUUGGGAUUAUGUGUAAUCCUGGACUGCGGAAACAUCACUGGGAUGCCAUGUCUGAGAUUGCUGGCUUCAACCUGACCCCCGAC